AAAAAAUUGGAGGAAGGGAAAGAAGAAUUUGAAGAAAAAGAAAAAGUUUUAAAACCGAAACAAUGGGGAAAAAGAAUUCGAAGCUGAAGCAGGAUACCGUGGACCGGUUAAUCGCAGAAACAUAUUGUAAGUUAAUAAAUUAUUUCGCAUAUAUUUAUCCUGUUUGUCGUCUUUAUUCAGUAAACGUACAGGGUGUCCCAUAUAAAGGAUUCUUGAAGGAUUGUCCUGAUGGUCAGCUCACAGAAGCAGGAUUCAUCAAAAUAUACACUCAGUUUUUCCCGCACGGUGAUCCAUCAAAAUUUGCGUCAUUAGUUUUCAGAGUUUUCGACGAGAAUAAUGUAAGUUCAGGGGCGUUUAAACUGUAUGAUGUUGACAAUGACGGCUAUAUUACAAGAAAUGAGAUGUAUAAUAUAGUAGAUGCUAUUUAUCAAAUGGUGGGGCAGCAAUCACAAGACGAGGACGGAACACCAGAGAAAAGAGUUGAGAAGAUCUUCAAUCAAAUGGAUAAAAAUCAGGAUGACAAACUAACCCUGGAAGAAUUCAAGGAGGGAAGCAAAAAUGAUCCAAGGAUAGUUCAAGCACUGAGUCUUGAACCAGAUACAUCAGGGGGCUUGUAGCAGGUGACCAAAUAAAGCUGGUGGAACAGUGAAAGAUGUACGCAAUUACAGCUUGAUGUGUAACCCAACAGUACCGUACGCCAUUACAGUUAAACGUGUACCGAGCAGUACAGUAUAUGCAAUUACAGCUAGCCGCGUACCCAGUGUACAGUACAACUUAACACUUUUUAUGUACAAAA